AUGGCUCUGCACAAGAUGUAUUAUCUAGGGUGUUUUCUUUUGUCAUUGACAGUCAUGCUAGAUGCCGCGAUUCCUCCAGGGAACUCAAACCAUCUCAUGAGAGCAUCAUGUAAGAUCAAAAGGUACAAGAUGUGCUAUAACAUAGAGCAUGUUUGUCCCGAGUUUUGUCCUAAUGGUUGUACAAUUGAUUGCGGUUCAUGCAAGCCAAUUUGUAGUCCGGUAUCAUUACCAUCAUCUCCUGAAUAUGGUUCGCCUCCAAUUGAAGAUUAUAAAGGCGGUAAGAUUGCAAGUUGUUAUUUUCAACCACCUUCAGCUCCUUCAACUUCAGUUCCAAGAUAUCCACCACCACCUGUCUAUCCUCCUAAAUUACCUAAUACAACAACACCAUAUCCUUCAACUUCAAACGUCGAUCCACCAGCUCCAACCCCAACAUCUCCCGAUACACUACCAUUAUUUCCUCCUAUUCAAAUCGACGAUCCAACCAUUAUUCCAACCCCACCAUUACCAAUCUAUCCUCCUGAUACACCUAGACCUUCAUCUCCUCCUGUUCUUAUUGUCGAUCCAACCCCGCCAUCUACACCAUCAUCGGUCUAUUAUCCUCCUGAUACGCCGCCUAAAGCACCAUCUCCUCCUGUUCUUAUUGUCGAUCCAACCCCGCCAUCUGCACCAUCACCGGUCUAUUAUCCUCCUGAUACACCGCCUAGAACACCAUCUCCUCCUGUUCUUAUUGUCGAUCCAACCCGGCCAUCUGCACCAUCAUCGGACUAUUAUCCUCCUAAUACGCCGCCUAAAACAUCAUCUCCUCCUAUUUUUAUUGUCGAUCCAACCCCGCCAUUUGCACCAUCACCAGUCUACUAUCCUCCUGAUAAGCCGCCUAAAACACCAUCACCUCCUGUUUUAAUUGUCGAUCCAACCCCCCCAUCUGCACCAUCACCGGUCUAUUAUCCUCCUGAUACGCCGCCUAAAACACCAUCACCUCCUGUUUUAAUUGUCGAUCCAACCCCGCCAUCUGCACCUUCACCGGUCUAUUAUCCUCCUGACACGCCACCUAAAACACCAUCACCUCCUGUUUUAAUUGUCGAUCCAACCCCGCCAUCUGCACCAUCACCGGUCUAUUAUCCUCCUGACACGCCACCUAAAACACCAUCACCUCCUGUUUUAAUUGUCGAUCCAACCCCGCCAUCUGCACCAUCACCGGUCUAUUAUCCUCCUGACACACCACCUAAAACACCAUCACCUCCUGUUUUAAUUGUCGAUCCAACCCCGCCAUCUGCACCAUCACCGGUCUAUUAUCCUCCUGACACGCCACCUAAAACACCAUCACCUCCUGUUUUAAUUGUCGAUCCAACCCCGCCAUCUGCACCUUCACCGGUCUAUUAUCCUCCUGACACGCCACCUAAAACACCAUCUCCUCCUGUUCUUAUUGUCGAUCCAACCCCGCCAUCUGCACCAUCACCGGUUUAUUAUCCUCCUGAUACGCCGCCUAAAACACCAUCUCCUCCUACUCCAAACCCAUCAUCCCCACCACGUCCCUAA